AUGCAGCGUGGGCAGAAAAGAAGUGAGUUUCAAUUACCCUUAUUUUCUGGUAGUGAUAUUUACACUAAAGCCGGUAAGAAAUUCCGAAUUAGAAGAAGAAUUCAUAAAGGAAGAUUAUUUCUUGCUGUAGUAAUAGCUGCAGCUCUUAUAUAUUUCUUCUUACCAAGAAGCAGUAAAGUCAUUCACAGUAAUACCAAUCCAGAGAACACAUCAGGUAUUUCCAGAGAAAAUCCACGACAGCUUCCAUCAUUAAGUCUUGUUGCCGAGUCUGUGGAAGAAUUCUCUUUUGCUUUGUAUAAACUAUUAUCGAAUCAAUAUGAGGGAAAGAAUGUUAUAUUUUCUCCAUUUAGUUUAUCUAGUGCGCUUGCCAUGACGUAUCUUGGUACAAAGGGUGAGAGUGCGACUCAGAUUGAGGGAACUUUGAAGUAUCAUCAAAUCGGCUCUGAACACGUUCAUUCAGCAUUCCAUAUUUUAAAUUCAGAUCAUUUCAACAAAGAUGAUGCCUAUGUGUUGCAAACUGUCAACAGACUUUUUGGUGAUUAUAGCUACCAUUUUUUGUCUGAAUUUCUUUCAUCAAGUGAAGCUUACUAUGGAGCAGCAUUUCUUGGCAACACAGAAGAAGCCAGAAAAGAAAUAAACAAUUGGGUAGAGUUGCAAACUAAUAAUAAGAUAAAAGAUCUUAUCGCAAAAGGAGCAGUUAAUGAAUUGACAAAACUUGUUAUCGUCAAUGCAGUUUACUUCCAAGGUAAAUGGGUCCAUCCAUUUGAUGUCAAAGCAACUGCUGAUGGUUUUUUUCUCCUGGAUGGAAGAAAGACAUCAAUCAAAGUUCCUAUGAUGAACUGUGAAAGGAAACUGAAUUAUUACCACGAUAAAUCGUUGAAAUGUCAAAUUUUAGAGUUGCCAUAUGGCAGAAGUAAUCUCAGUAUGCUCAUCAUUCUACCCGAUGAACUGGAUGGUUUGUUAUCUUUAGAACCAAUGAUUACCUCCAAGAUUCUCAACAACUGGUAUUCUAACCUCAACAACACUACUGUUAAAGUCACUCUCCCAAGAUUUAAAUUACAGUCUAGUUUUAGUGUAAAAGCAGCAUUACAAAAACUAGGAGUAAUGGAUUUAUUUGAUGAGAAAAAGGCAGAUUUAAGUGGAAUGUCUACUGAUAAAGAGUUAUAUGUAUCUGAUGCAUUGCAUAAAACAUUCAUUGAGGUGACAGAGGAAGGCACCAAGGCAGCUGCUGCUUCUGCCAUCUUAAUUAACAUGCGCUCUGCGAUCCUAUCACAGCCAGCUAUAUUUAAUGCAAAUCAUCCAUUUGUAUUUGUGAUUAAAGAUAAAGAUACAGGACUGAUAUUGUUUAUUGGAAGAGUCAACAAUCCAUAUUAA